AUGGAGCCGAGACCUCGAUCAACAUCACCUACAAGGCAAAGAACGCCAUUGCAACUACCCCCUUCACGCCCUUCUUCGUUGAUUUUAUCAUCGCCAUCUCCAACAUCAGCUAAACAUCAAGAGUCGCCAAGUGCCAUUCUCGCAAAGGAGCUCACUACCAUGUUUUCUAAAGAUGAAAAUAUGGAUCAAAUCAUCAAAGUCCAACAAGACACAUUGGAGAGAUUAAGAACUACCAAUGAUGCUCUUGAUACAUUCAACGAGUUUUCCGCAGCACGGUAUCUUGUCGAGGCUAAAAGUGUAGAAGGAUACACCAAGUUGCUACGUGAAAUCAAGACUGACUUGGACUCUAUAUUCAGACGUGUUCGAGUUCUGAAAGCGACAGUGUCUGCAAGACAUCCGAAAGAGUUUGCAAGAGCUGGUGGAACAUUAAUAGAUGCAGGUGAUGACGAUGAUUGA